UUACGAGUUUGCAUCUGCACUUUUAUACUAACGGUAACUGUCAAAACCUGCUUAAAUCAAUUCUAAUAGACACAAUUGUAACAGCGGCUCGAAAUGAAGUUGGAUUCUACGCGUGAUGGAUAUCAGCGACGAUGUAUGCGUGAAAUUGGCUCGGAUCAUCGGCAAUGUGGAUGCAGAUAUCGAGCUUCUGGUACUCGGAAAAAACAUGUGCCCCCUUGGACGAUCUUUGGUGCCCAUGCUGGAGAAAGAAGCAGAUUCUAUCAUUGCUUAUGGUUUCGAAGCCAUUAAGCGUCUUAGAACCGCAAUUGAAAGGCUGGAAAACGCGUUUGAACCGGAGAAGCUUGGUGAAAAGGCUUUGCUUAAGCUUAAAAUGAAAGAUGCCGAAUUUUGUCUAUAUGAACAGCGCUAUCAGCUGCGUCAUAUACGAUUGGCAUCUCAGUAGCGUAAGGAUGCGCCGCUUGCCGCUCGUUGCCAUUAAAAACAAGCAAACUAUUGAAGAAUGUGAGCUUUUCACCAAGUACUUUGAUCCCAUCUUGGCAUCGCUAUUCUCUGAUCCUGACAGAAAAGUGCUCCUUCGCUGGUCCAACGUCAUGUCUGAUGAAAAUGACAAGAUCCGCCCUGACGCCACAAUUUCCAAGCUACGGCAGCGCGACUUUGGGCCCAGUCUUGGAUAUGGAGAGGUCAAAGUUGCACGUCCCACCAUCGAUAACCACGCGCUAUGCCACGGUCUUAUGCGUUUGGCAACUCUAGCAAAGGAUACCAUUGAUACCAAUGCAUUGGAAGCCGCUCUGACCUUCCAGGUGCAUGGUUUUCAUAUCACUUUUUUUCUGACGCGCCUCCGCCACGAUGGAAUCUAUGUGAUGCAAGAAGUUGCGCAGCUUACAUUUCCCCGGUUUUUAGAAGAGCUAGCAACAUUUGUGGCCUUGAAAAAUAUGCGCACAUUGAUGACCCACCUUCUGGCAUUUGUGUCAACCUGUCCGUGCCGCUUCUUCGUGGCAAGAAAAACGGCGCCCCACUCAUCCCUCCAUUUAUUCUUUGAUUGAUUCAACCAAGAAUUGCCACCGCUUCUGCGCCCUGCGCUUUGAAUAAAUGCAUCCAUUCAUAUAUAUCUCUACAUAC